ACAGUCGUUUAGAACACAAAAACGAUAUGACCGGCCAGUUAAAAAUACACUUUGUUAGAAGGUAAUUCGCGACUAAAGACAAUAAUUUGUAUUUUGUACCGGGUUGCCUCUCCAAGAUCGGGUUCAGGAGAAUGGGAUUAGCGUUCUUCAAUCUUUGUGUGUAUAUCAAUUGUGUUUGUGCGGCACACCCUCAGUGGACGGUUCAUCGCAAAAGUGUGACACUAAAGAUGCUAAGAAACAAGGGCUUAACAAGAGGCCCAAAGUAGAGAAAGUCCCAAGUAUUCCAAACGACUGGCCUUUCAAGGAGCAGGAGCUCAAAGCUCUCAAAGCUCGACUGUCUCUUGCGCUUGAGGAAUUGGAGCAAAAGAAAGCUGCCUGGAAAGGAAAGGGCCAGAAAGAGGAAAUUGCGCCUGCCAAGGAUGAUAAUGUGGAUGCUUGGAAAGAGCAAAAUGCUGGUGAGGAGAUUGUUACUGCUAAAACUGCACCAAUCGUUAAAAUUCGAGCCUGAUCAAGUGACUUCGGAAUGCUGCUCGUCGGGAGCCAGGUAUGGUUUUUCAGAUAGUGUUUUGUUGCGUACGUGUUAGUGGAGAUGGAUCAGCAUCAACUUUUUAGGUCGAGUUCUAUUGUGAUGGGGCACAAGUUGACAUCACUUCUGUAAUUGGUCUUAUUGUUAGACUUUUAAUCUGAUAGAGUUCUUGUGUGAUUUGUUUUAUCAUUUUGAUAACCAUUGUUAAUGAUAGUGAUGCAUUUGUAAAAUUGAGAAGUUAUUAAAUUUUAAAUUUGUGUUUUGUAGUUUUAUAUUAUAUUAUAGAUUGAAUCCAAUUGCUGAUAAAGUAUGAGUCUGUCCUAGAAAGUUUAAUCUGCACGUAUAAAUUUUAUUCUUAUAUCUUAUUAUAUUAAUCCUAAAUAAAUAAAUUAUUUCAUGUCACGGGCUGCCAACAAGAAGGAAAUAUAUUUCAGCAAUCAAGCAACUUCCUUUUGUUUUUAGCCAUAACCUGAAUGUAUACUUUGCUAGAGACAAAACACAACCAUCUCUGCCUUAGCCAUAUGUAUAUAUGCACAUUUACAUGCUUCAACACUUGAUUUUGAGCAAAGAAGAGAGUUUUAUUAUCUUAGCACACGACUGCUUUGAAAUCCUAAUUCCGCCAUGAGAAGAAAAAGGCCGAGUUUGAGGAAGAACUGGGUCUGUAGUCCGUGACCAAGGUGGAGAUAAACGAGUUAGAUCAAUGGUAGAUGCAGAAGCAGAUUAUUGUGGUACAACUAUUCUUGGGAUGAUUACAAAACUGCAAAGGUUCAACAGUAAUGCAAUACUGGAAUUGUCCAUGAUUGUAUCCAGACUUGCAAUCAUCUACAAGCAAAGAGAUUUCAACUUCUACCCUGCGUGGGCUUAUUCCAUUCCAGCGGUGAUUUUAAAGAUCCCAUUUUCAUUUGUAGAUGCUUUUCAAUGGACAGGGCUUACCUACUAUGUUAUAGGUUACAAUUCUGAAUGAGAAAGGAUUGUUUCAGCUUGGAGUGCUGACAGCUUUAAUGGGUAUUAUCGGAGCUGAAAAGACAACACUUUUGGAUGUUCUUUUUGGACGUGAAAAUAGUGGUAUCAUUGAAGGAGAUAUAAGAAUUGGAGUUUUCAAGUCAAAUGUCGUUGCUUAUGCUUAUCAUUUGGCUCAGACAUAUUCUGGUGGUUUGGUUCCUUAACAAUUGUGUUAUAGAGUAGUGUCAAUGGUGCAACAUUGACUGCAGUCCUAGCAACACAGUUAUAUAAAUUUGCUUCUUAUUGUGGUUGGCGCUUAGGCUGUAUGUCUUUUUUUGAACUCCCCCGCUCUCUUCUCAUUUGAUCUUAUCUGUUAAAGCUAUGCUCAUGAUGAAGAGACACUAGAAGACCAAGAAGAAACCGCAUAGAAGUUCAUUCACAGGGAUAUUUGCUGCAGCUUUUGGCUCAGGCAUCCAGUUUUUUGCAAUUGCAAUACUUGUUUUCAUGCUAGCAUUGGUCGACUUAUUCUAUCCAUACAACCGCGGAGCUUUGUUCAUUGUGGUGGUUGUCAUAUAUGCGCUAACAUCAGGGUUUGCAGGCUAUACUGCAACCUCUUUUUAUUGCCAACUGGAAGGAACAAACUAGGAACAAAACACAAGCUUAAGAAGAAAUCCCGCGUCUGUAGAGCUUAUCUAAACUUGAGCCCAUUGCUUUAUUGAAUCGUACUGCAUUAGCCGACUGUGAGAAUAAACCGAUUGGAUCUUCUUUGUUAUCCAUCCACAAAAAGUAAGGUUCCUACCAAUGAGGAAGAGUGUAACAAUUUCAAGUAAAAUGUCAAGGGAAUUGCUUCGACAAACGAAGGUAAAGAACACCAUCAAUGAGACUGAACUCAACUCAGACGAAAAUAUUUUCUUCGACCUCUUUAUCAAACCAAAUUGUGGUGAUACCUUGCCUGAUUGUGAGCUGUUGGAUAUGGCGAAAGAUUGGAUCAACAGAGAACCACAAGAGGUGCUACUGGGAUGGGAAGUGCACAUAAGGGGAAUGGAAAAAUGAGAAAUGUGAUAAAUUCGAUGAAGAUAGACAAGAUGUAGCAUUAGAGUUUGAGCCUGAGAUUUUCAUUUCUUUGGUGAAUGAGAUUGGUGAAUGAUCUCAUUAUUAGUUUUUGAAGAAGUGGCUCAACCAUACAUUUUUUUUUCAUAAUCAAAUAAUAUUGCCCGCUUGAAAAGCGUCUCUUAUUGUAUAUGGUGACUUCUUAUUGUA